CACCAAAACUGUUUUGACCUUUGUUUGGUCCGUGCUAUUUCUCUUUUGGCGACAUAUUUCCCUUUGCUGGACUACGUGUGUUUUCUGAAUUAGUUGGAUUUUCGUAGUCCCUUGGAGUAUGAGCAAGCGCACGAAUGUGACACGAGAUGCAGCUCGAGCUCAGUACACUUCAGGCAGUAGUCCUGUGUUAGGUGAGGACCAAUGAGGUGAAUUCCAGUCUCUCCUCCCCCCUGCCCUCCCCCCUUUCCCACCUCAGCCCUGGAGGCGCAACUGAGGGAUGUCCCUGGUGUGUCUGCUCCUUCUCCUGCUCACCCUGUCCACACACACGCAGGUGCACUCCUCUAAACCACUAAAGAUUGUAAUGGAGCAAUGGAUGAGUUAUAAGAACGAGUGCAUGCAGAACUUUAUCAACACGCCCCCAGCUACAGGUUUGGUGUGUAAUAGGACAUUUGACCAGUAUGCCUGUUGGCCAGAUGGCAUUCCUGGCACCACUGUUAAUAUCUCCUGUCCCUGGUAUCUGCCGUGGUACCAUAAAGUUCGGCAGGGUCUGGUGUAUCGUGUGUGUGGGGCAGAUGGUCACUGGGCUCCACCAAAAACCAAGAACACUAGUGAGUGUGAGCAGGAUGAUCCAGGCCAGAGGCAGUAUGGCCAGAUCCUCAGUAAGUUCAGGGCUAUGUACACUGUGGGGUAUUCACUGUCGCUGGGAGCACUGGUUCUGGCCCUGGGUAUUCUCAUAGCUUUCAGGAAGUUGCAUUGUAUGAGGAACAACAUCCAUAUGAAUCUGUUUGCUUCCUUUAUCCUGCGCGCUCUGUCCAUCCUCAUUAAAGACGCCCUCCUGGACUCUCUCAACUCAGCACAGAGUGGACCACAGCAGUACCAGAAUGAACAAUGGGUCAAUGUACAGACGGUUGCCGGGUGUCGCGUUGCCAUGGUGAUGAUGCAGUACAGUGUCAUCGCUAACAACUACUGGCUGCUGGUGGAAGGCCUUUAUUUGCACAGCCUGCUGGUCAUCGCAGUCUUCUCCGAGAAAAACUACUUCUACAUCUACCUCUGCAUCGGCUGGGGAGCUCCUCUGAUAUUUGUUUUGCCGUGGCUGACAGUCAAGUACCUCUAUGAGAAUGAAGAGUGCUGGGAGAGAAAUAUCAACAUGGGUUACUGGUGGAUUAUCCGCUCCCCAAUAUUAUUUGCAUAUUUGAUCAAUUUCUUCAUUUUCAUCCGAAUUAUAAAGAUCCUCAUGUCAAAACUUAAAGCUCAUCAGAUGAGAUAUACAGACUAUAAGUUCAGGUUGGCUAAGUCCACACUCACACUGAUUCCUCUGUUGGGGAUCCAUGCCAUCCUCUUCAGCUUUGUCAUAGACGAGUCUGUCCCCAAAGAGUCUUUGCUGAGACUCAUAAGGCUCUUCUAUGACCUUCUCUUCAACUCCUUCCAGGGUUUACUGGUGGCUAUUCUGUACUGCUUUGUCAACAAAGAGGUUCAGAAUGAGAUGCUUAAGAAGUGGAAACGCUGGAAGUUAGGCAAAGACAUUGAUGAAGAAUACCGCCACACCCAUAGCCACACCCCACACGUCAAAACGGGCAGCACCGCCAUGGCAAUAUCCCACGACCCAUUUGACAACCCUGAGCUACCCGACAUGGCCCCGCCUCUCUGUGAAGAAAGCCACCAUCUAGUGACCGGCUGUCAGAACGGGACAAGCGGGGACAGAGGUAGAGACAGGGGCGCCAUGCAGUUGGCCUCCAGGCCACAGGAGGGCGCCAGUAACAGCAGUUCGUUGACCGAAGACAUCUGUCUGGAAGAACGGCCACAGAGUUGCAACUGCCCACCAGAGACCGCAGAGAACCUCUAAGGGAGUUUUCUGUUUUGACCCCUGUGGUCACAUGAGACGAAACGCUCCAUAUAUGGUCGAAAUGGGGGCGUGGAUUACCUGCCAGAGGUGCACUGUGUUGUGCCAUAGGAUGAGCAGUGAAUUUAGGUGUGAAUGUUAUGUGACAUGGAGCCCAGUUUGACGAUGAUGAUUGUGAUGAACGAGGAGACUUUAACUCUGGUUUAAAAUCACUUCAAAAAUGGCUUUAAUUCUUAAACUCAGCUGAAAUUGGGAACCACACAUCUCCAGACUUGAGAUCACCUGGGCUCUACCGAGACACGUAGAGCGUUAUUACAUUUGUGCAACACGCACA